AUGGACACGGGGCCGUUCACUUCGCCGCCACCGGUGCCCUUCCAAGCUCCCUCUAGGGCUUCUUAUCGUCGCCGGAGCAAUUCUUCUGUUGACCAGGUAUCGUCUUCGCCGCUUCAAUCAUUUUCUCCAGGUGAAGAUGACCGCGACAUUGGGCCCGACGACAAUGUCGGGGAUGACGCCUUUUCGGCCUUUGACCCGCGUCGGUUCACUCCCACGCUUCACGCCAAUCUGGUUUCUGAAAUCCUGUCCCUGAGGAGGGACCUCGAGAGCAAAAGCAAAGAAAUUGUCAAGUUAGAGACGAGACUUGACGAGUCACAGAACGAAAAUGACACCCUGCAUGAGAACGUCGCCAAAUACACCAGAGAGAACCGUUCCCUCAAAAAGCAAAUGCAGCUACUUGAAGGGGGCAGUUUUUCAGCAAUCAGUGAAAUAGCCAAGGAGCGUGACGACGCUGUUGAGAACAUUGCCGAUGUUCGAAAACGAUUGGAACAGACCCAGAAGAAACUAAAGUCUCAAGAGGAGGAAGUUGAGAGGUCACAGAUGCUCUGGGAACGAGAUCGGCAAGCAUGGGGUACAGAAAAGAGGAACUGGGAGCGGAAGGUGCAUGUAGUUGAAAACCGACUCAGAGCUGUCUUGAACGAAGUCGCAGCGGCGCAAGCUGCAGGGAGCUUUCAGAAGACGCACGAAGGUGAUGAUGACACUACGAAAGACAACACUACUAUGGAUAGUGCAAGUAUUCGCUCCAGCAGCGCCUUUGACAGACGCCGAGCUAGUACAACCAGUGCUAGCACAUAUGACGGAGAGCCUUUGAACAGCGGCCGAUAUUCGUCCAUGAGUUUCGUCAAUGCAAGUGGCCCGAAAGCAGACGGCCUCAACUUGGCGGAUGAAUUGGCAUUUGACGAAGACGAGGAAGACGAUUACAUUGAUCUCCUAGAUGAGUCGAUGGAGGAGCGACGCACGUCAGUCGCGUCUCAAUCGUCUUUCAACAUGUCAAUGAAAGCACGGAGGAUACUAGGUUUGUCGAUGGAUGCCUCUUCUAUCAAGGGCGCAAAGGAACUCUUACAUUUAGACGAAUCCACUCCUGCGGAUGAGCCUGUUGAAGUCAAGCGACGAGUAGAAUAUCGCGACGUGGGCAUCCAAUACACACCGCCCCCAUCUCCUUCUCUGCCACCGAGUGAGCCCCAGAACGUUAUCGAGACGCCAGAACAUGACCCCGCAAACACCCAGAGUGUGCUUCCUCAAAUGGUAGAUAGUGCAGUUGAAACAACAGUCGUGGAAAUGGUAUCUACAUCGUGCCAAACCGACCAAAUCCUCGUUCCUUCAGUCCCUGAGCCUAUUGAGAUGAAAGAGCCCACAGAGGAGUCUGUCAGAGUCCCCAUGGCUUCUACGUCUACUCAGACCGAGGCAGAACCUGAGGAAGAGGAAGAGGAGGAAGAGUAUGAUGAAAUACAUGAAGUUGCAACUGCAAUCGAAUACAGUUCUACUGUGCCAAUGAUAACAAUCAUUCCUCCAGGAUCAGAACCUACCUCACCACGAACCAGCGUUGUCUUGCCCCCGCACACCAAGAGCAUUUCAUGUCAGACCGAUUUUGAACUGUCCCACAGCUUGCGAUCUGUUGCUAUGCAAACGGAGGAGAUAAGAAUCGAUCAGCGACCAAUCAAACUCCCGGCGAGCCUCCUUCCGUCCGCAAUUAUCGAACUUCCUACAGAGAAGACGGAUAUAGACAAUCUCUCAAUGCCCUUUAUCUCACCUCCCCCGCGUUCUCCCCAUAGGCCACUUUUGCGUUCGGAGCCAACGUAUAAGGAUAAGAGCACCAAACAGAUGGACCUGGUCCAAGCUUAUCCCGGAAACAAUGAUAAUGGUCCUCUAGCAGAAGACGAUGCAUCCGAUAUACGUCGACCUUUCCGAUCAAGUAGCUUGUUUGCAGGAUUUGACUCGUUGGACGAUGAUGAAUUACCAGGCCCCUUGCCCGAAUUACCUGACGUAUUCAGCGAUGAUGAGAUGUACAGCCGUCCCAUGGCUUCAUACACAUUACGGUCAGGUAAGAUGGUUAAUCGCAUGGGUCUGGGCAACGAUCCUCUCCGAGAAGAAGAUGAGUUUGAUAUCGAUCUGCCCUCGACUAUGCAGAAUGGAACCAACUCUGGACGAAGAUCUACACUCAACUCGAAGAAUGCUUCUGGGUCGAAGCAACCUGAUAUACGGCGAACGGCUCUGAUUUCCAAUGGCGCUGCAGCGCAUCAGAGAAAUCGUCCACGAAGUCCGAGCGACCCUAGCAUUGAUAGUGCCUCUACUGGAGCGGCACGGCCUCCGCCAUUCCCUGUUCCGGUGCGGCUCAGCUCUAGAAAUGUACCAACUCCAACUUAUAGUGACAGCAAUCAGAGUCCGACGCCUUACAGUGACGGAAACAGUUUCUCAUCUAGACGGAAAUCUAGACGCAUCACGAGACAGCCGACAUUACGCAAAGUUCGAUCUGCCGCAACAGUGCCAAAGAACCAACAGGACCGGGCAAGCAGUCGAUCGCCACCUCCCACGUCUACUACUGCUUCUGGAAUGUCACAUUCUUCUUAUACUCCUGAUAGCCCGCAACUCCCGCCUCCACUACCUCCAAUGCCAACAACGGAUGAAGCCGUCAUAUACCGCCCGAGGCGAAGCGCACGAAGAAUCCCGUCGAGCCGCCCUGACUCGAUUCGGUCUCAGACCCAAUCGCAUACAAUAGAAGAGCCCGUUUCGGAUUAUGGACAAUCGACUAGCGUCGUCGAUGCUAUUGCGCAAACCAUGGUGGGCGAGUGGAUGUACAAGUACGUUCGUCGACGAAAAUCGUUCGGUAUGUCAGAUAAUAAAGACACAAUGGAGGCUGGAAAGAGCACCGAAGAGGUCUCGGCAGGUAUUACAGGCACUGGAGUUCGGCACAAGAGAUGGGUAUGGCUCGCACCGUACGAGCGAGCUGUUAUGUGGAGCAGCAAGCAGCCAACCAGCGGUCCUGCUCUGUUGGGUAAGAACGGGCGUAAACUCAUAAUCCAAUCUGUGCUUGAUGUCAAAGACGAUACGCCUCUCCCGAAAGGGGGAGACCCGCAGAGUCAAUUCAACCGGUCGAUCCUUAUCCUUACUCCUCAACGUGCUCUGAAAUUCACGGCACUGUCGCUAGAUCGCCAUUAUGUAUGGCUAAGAGCUCUGGUUUUCUUGAGUCACUCCGGCAUCAAUGACCUAGCCUCAUUCCCACCCGUUCCGCAGGAAGAAUACCCAGCGGCGCGGCCUCCAGCAGCCACUCUGCGCCGUAAUCCUAUACGUGACUCGAUAAGAGUAGCCAAGGGGAAACCUCGGCCGCAGCCUAGUAAACGCUCUUUCACCGACCAUUCCGCCCUGGCUCCGGAAUAUACAUCUGGCGCGGGACUCGAUCUUGACCCGAUUAUGGAUGCAGCAGACCCACCAACUAUUCCCAGAUACUCAGGACAUACACGGAAACGCAGCAACACUGCACCCAAAGCUCCUUUGACGGCUGCGUUUCGCAGUUUCUCUAGUCAUGCAACACUGCCCUCGAACUAUAGUGCAAUCACCGCUGCGUCGUCCGAUCUCUAUGCGCCCUCUUCCUCAGGUGCACCGGGGCUGAUCAGCGGGCGCAGCAGCGUCAGUCGCCGGACAUCUGAAGCCAGCGGACCGACGUCGAGUAUCGUGAAUGGCGGCCUGUUUGACCCCGUGGGCACGAUGCGCAUGGAGGCGUUCAUUGAUCAUGUCGAACUGCCUCGAUAUCGUACUAACCAACGCAACCGGGCUGCUGCUUCUCGCAAGCGCGAGAAUAAUGUCCAAUGGCAUGCAGGCAACGACCUCGACUUCGCCAGAUCGGAAGAUGGCAGAUAUGGCGAACAGCCUAAGUACUCGUCGGCGAACGGAAUGACUGUGGGUGGUUUGCAGUUUGCUGGAUUUUCCUUCCGUCCCGCCGUACUUUUCUAUGUGUCAUCAUCAUCAUCCGCCAAAAAUUUCACAAAGACUUGCGUCCAAGGAAAAUAUAUACACACCAAGAAGCAGCAGACAAUGCCACCAAAAUACGCCAUAUCAGUGCUGCCAGCCACUGAACGCGACACUCUAUCUCUCGCACAGAUAGAAUCCCUUGCCUUUGACGCUCCUCCCCCUGCUCGUCUCGCCAAGAAUGAAGGAGAAAAAAUCCCAUCACCGACCCUGGGACGAAUAAUGUUCGGCGCACCCAGCGCUGAGAAAGACGCCAUUCGUGCCCGUGAGAUUGCAGAGAAGCUUACAUCUAAUCCGGAGAAUCGGACGUACAAAGCUGUUCUUCAAGAAGGAGAAGAAGGAGGGAAAAUAGUAGGCUUUGCAUCAUGGAAAUUCUUUACCACUCCCUUCCCAAUACACAACACCUGGAAGGAUUUGCCAUGGGAAUCGGCCGCGAAUCCCACGGCCUGCAAUGAAUUCUUCGGUGGAUUGGAACGUUUGCGCACGAAGCACAUGGGCGGGAAGACUUUUGCUUUACUUGCCGUCCUGGCAAUCCACCCAGAGUACCAAGGUCUCGGCAUCGGCGGCAAAAUGCUCCAGCGAGGAUUGGACGAUGCCGAUGCUCUGGGUCUGAAGGAGGCCUUUCUCGAAGCUACGGAUGCUGGGUAUCCGUUGUACACCAAGUUUGGGUGGCGUGAAGUUGAAGUUUUUCCGCUUGAUCUGGCGCGGUAUGGUGGUAAGGGGAUUUGCAAGACUGUUGCUAUGAAGAGGGGUUGA